AUGAGACAGUCUGCAUCUCUCCUCAAGCACGUGCCCCUCAUCAAGUUUGUUGGCGGCCCACACCAAGCUGCCACGGUGGCGGCCAAGGCCCACCCCUUUUCUCCUUCUGGAAAGAUGCCCACGCUCCAGAAAACACAAUCGUCACAACCAGCCUGGAAGCCCAUCGAGCUCCAAGAGGGCGAGGUGCUUUUGAGAAACCAGUUGUCCAAGAGAUUCAGGUAUAUGGUUCCAAGCACCGAGGAGUCUGAGCAGAUCGAAAGCGGCGGCGCUGGUCUCGUAUACUAG